UGCGUGUCCCUUUUCUCUGCCGCCCGUCGGGCCAGGUUCUCGGAGCAGAAAGAACGCCAGUCCCGCCGGGCAGGUGCUCUGCCACGGGCGCUGGCCCGGUAUCGGCGCGGGAACCCCAAACAGCGACUGAGGCAAGGCCGGAUCUGAGGCCUCAGGAGAUGAGGGACGUAAAAAGGGACCUCUAUUGCGAGCCUCUUGCCACAACAGGUCUACGCUCGAACUCAUUGGUGCAAGCACUGCCCGGGGAACACAACUACUUCGGGUGAAACUUGGCGGCUCCCUCAUGUAAAGGACACGCCGCGGAGCCGUGAGACCAUGAUUUCGAGCUCAUCAUGUGCCAACAGCUCACGGCAUAUGCAGGCAGCGGCGCGGGUGAGCCUCCGAUCCUCUGGGCGAACACCUAUGGCGUCUGCAAGCGAGGACCAAACUUGAGAAAGAUUGGCAGGGGUGGUGACGAGUCGUCGGGCAGAGGCAAUAGCUAAGGCGAGUACGCAGCGGCGUAGCUGCAGCUGAUUCUACAGACUCUUAUGACUGCUCGGCGUGUGCCUGCUCGAUCCUGCUGCCCCCAAGCCAUCACCAGGCAAUCGGAAACAGGAGGAAGCUAUCCACUGAACAUCUCCAAGGUCGUCAUCACUGUGAUGGGCGGCACGGAGACCAUGUCGAAGAGCGCGCUGCAGUCCCCGCCGCACGGCAGCAGCGUCAGCCACAGCGGCAGAGCCAGCACGGCCCACACCAGGCAGAAGGUCAGGAAAGGGAGGCCCAUGAUGAGACUGGUGAGGCCUGCGAAUACUAGAAACCAGUUCUUGAAAAAACUUUCCUCCUUGUCUUCACAUCUGUGGGCAAAUAACCAGAAUAUGCUGCAGCAGCUGGCGCAGUUGCACACGCAGCAGAUGGCCAGGAGAACGACCUUGGACCGAGGAUCAACAGAAAAGACUGUUGUGGCUCAACUCACUUGUGACCGGCGUCGCGCGCGAGGGUGGGGGGAGUGAGAAACGGUGGGCCUUCUCAGCAAGCUCGGAAAACCCCCGGCCUUCUGAGUACCUCUCCAAGCCUUCCGCGAAGGCACGGAAAACUUGCCACCGGCACCAGGGCUUCGGAGAAGCCCCCUGUUGAGCAGGCAUUAUCCUUCUCACUUUCGCACCCUCACUCGCCGCCGAGAGGAGGGUUCGUGAACUCCCCAACCAACCGCCCACUGCUAGGAAACAAUGAGCCGACCCGCGCUUACUGGGGAGCCCGCAAAAGACAUACGCGCCGAAACACGUACACGAACCCGGCCCCUCAAUCCGCGAGAC